UUGCGUAAAUUACUUCCUGUGCCAAAGUGCAAGGUCUGACCUAGCCAUCUGGCUAACAGCGUGAAUGAUACCUUCCUGAGAUGUUUUCUCACAUAUUUUGCAAGAUAGAAGCCAGCUAACAUGCAUAGGUCUACAACACUCUUCCCUCAGCUGUCCUACCAUGUGCUGGCCCACUGCAGAGGAUACUGUGUGUUGAGAGGCAGCUCAAGGUCGCUAAUCUGUGGCCCACAACCCCAUGUAGUCAGCCGAUUGAAGCCAAGAUGGACGCCUAGUAUCCAACACAGCUACCCAGUACCCCCAUCCCCCCACGUCACUACUCUCACCAAAUACUCAGACUUAUCCACCCAAAAAUACAACCUCAUCUACUCCUUGCCUCACAUCAAACUCCUGAGAGCGGUCUCCAGACUCAAACUGAUCCAAACCGGAAUUACCAUGCUCUUACUCCCGCCCGUCUACUACAUGUAUUCCCAAGGAGAUGCUUCGUACCUACUGGUUAGCUACAGCACGGGGAUAGCGGUGUUCGCCGCCGUCAUGCUUUACUCGGCUAGUCACUACCUGAGACGCGUCGUCGGGAUGAUGUACCUGGAUGAGUCCCAGACGACGCUGAAAGUGUCUCACCUGACGUUCUGGGGACGCAGGAAGGACGUGUAUCUGCCCGUGACGGACGUGAUGACUCUGGGGGACACCGGGGACUCCAUAGGGGAGACUAUAUUGAGGUUGAAGCGAUAUAGUAGUUCUGAGACGCUGUACUUCUCGACUAGACUGGGACGUGUUGUGGAUAGGCAGGCCUUUGAGAAAGUGUUUGGGACUUUGAUUUGAUGUUUUUAUAGGGCUUUUCAGAGCCAAACCAAGCUCUACUGAGCCAAACCAAGCUGUACUGAACCAAACAGAGCCCAGCCAAGCUGUACUGCCGAACAGAGCCAAACCAAGCAUCAAUUAUAGUUCCUGGAACUGUGCUGAAAAGAUCUGAGCCAGCACAGUUAGGUCCGGGUUGACACAGUGGUGUGAAAAGGGUAUUUUAUGUUGAGAGCAUUUAACAUGUUGUAUAUUCAGCAGCUAAAGAGAUGACUACCUACAUAUACUGCAGUCUGUUCUGUUCCAUUUCUUGACUACUGUGUGUGACCAAAAGAAACAGUGACAUAUGUGUUGGACAGCUGCUCAGACUCACAGCCUUCAAUAAAGACACCCUGAUCAUUUAAGCAAAAAUAUUUUACAAGUUUAUUUUAAGGUACAGUACACAAAACACUAUACAGAAAAUGUCUACAGUUAUUUGACAUUUAGAAAGUCCAUUGCAAUCAAUCAGCCCACAGUCUAUUAUGGAAAUAAUUUUCUUAUAGUGUUGGAGUGAAAUAAUGUACAGUAAUAUACAGGAGU